AUGAUUGGCGUUCUUGUUAGAGGUUUCGAAUGCCAAUCGCUAGUCAAGGUGCGACAUUUGCAAUGUUUCCUUGAGUUUUGUCAGAGCAAAGUACAAGGUCCACUGAUGUAUAACGUUUCUAAUAAGGCGAACCGGAAGAUCAUUAGCGGAUUCCAAAGUAAGGAUCACUUAUGGCGGUACAAGUUCUUCUUCGUGUCGAUCUCUAAUGCUUCAGUGGGCGAAGAAUACAUUAAGAGAGUCAGAUCCGAAUGGGGAAUACUCGGUAGUCGAUUCGUAGCGUAUUCAGCUAUAUUCGCCGAUCUGCUCUACGGACACUGGGCGAAUUUCCGCUUCACAAAUUGCUCGCCGCGAAGAAUAUGGCUCCACGACCAACCAUUCGUGAGAUUAGAGCCGAGAAGAAGAGAGCUGCCCGCAGCUACUGUUUCGAAGAGUCCAACCAAGCCGACCUCUGAUGCUUCAGACAAAUUGGUUUUAGCGACUGACCGUCCUACUAAGUCCGCUCUUGUUCUUCAUGAAGACGAGCAACAAGACGAGCCAAAAAGGCGUUUAUCCAAGGCUGACAAAGGUAAGGGACUCGCCGCGGAAGCUUCUAGCAAGAAACCGCAUCGUGCUCUUCCUACUUUGAAUGUAGGCGAGCCGAUACUGCGAACCCUAGUUCUUUGUUCUACAUCCGUCACUAAGGAGUUAUACCAUGAUUCGUAUGCUUUGACUUCUCUUCUCUCCAAAAUGACCUAUCUCUGUGAGUCUUUUCCCAUUCCAGAUACUUUGCUGAGGAGUGGUCUUUACAAUGAGAUGUCGUCCCGCUGCGCUAAGUUCAUUGCUCAUCUUACCAGGAUGACUCUCGCUUACGAUUCAGACUUUCGAAGCGCUUGUGCCAAAGCUAACGUUGAUCUAGAGCAAGCCGCGCAGAAGAUUAAGGCAUUGGAGGCUGAUGUGGAGUUGCACAAGAAUAAUUAUGAACUUGCGGGUAACCGCAUUCAUGAGUUGGAAUCCGGUCGCGCCAAGACCGAGGCACAAAUUGCUACGAUGAUAAGUCAAUUAGACGCCCAGCAGCGUCAUAUUGAGCAAGCCAUUUCAGAGGCGAAGGAAGAGUUUAUGACUUCUUUUUAG